AUGAAUCUAGCCGGCUACUGCCUUUUCUGUCUUCUGAUUCCUUUUGUGACGGCCGAUCCGCGGGCCUAUGAUCUCAGGAUAAGAGGUGAGUAAAAAAUUUAUAUUCUCCUUGUCAUGGAUAAUAUAAAUUUUGUUUGGUUCUUUGUCAUCAUCACGCCUAUUAUUGUUUACUUGGCGAAUGUCGACCUUUCGUCCAUUUGCACCUUCCCUAAGCCGCCGAUCUCAGCAGAUCCGAUCCUUAUGAUAUUCGAUAGGCCGCGGCGCUGCUGGAUGUCUAUUUCGGGAAGGUCAUCCCAAUAAAUUAGAGCCCCUUUUCUCCUUCUCUUCCUCUUGAUUAACCCGAAGCAAGGACAGGAAAUCUCUCAAAGACUCCGCACACUUAAUUUCGGGGGAAUUUGAAUAAAGGAAGGCAUUGUUUUUGCAUAUCCCACACUUCCGAAGAUUACGGUAGACAAAGUGGCACUUAACGUGCCGGAAAGGACGGUUGGUGAUCAACUGUCGAGAUCAGAGAAUAGUCGAGAACUUGAACAACCAAAGCUGAUAAGAACGGACCGCAGGGGACAUGUCUUAAUUUUUUUGUGAUACUAGACAGAGUUACUUGGCAAUGAAACUUCUCAGGGACCGACGAUUUUCAUUCAAUUUUUGAGAUACUGUCCAUGCGAUCUUCGUUUCCAAAAAUUUUAGCUUGCGCUUUCCCGAGCCAGCCAAAAUAUCCAUAAAUCUUUUAAGAGUUUACGAUAAAUAAAUUGUAAAAAAAUUUUGAAACUGCCUCUGGAGACCUUCAAUUAGUUUGUUAUAGACAGUUUUCUUUGUAAUAGUUUGCUGUAUAUAGGAGGGUUGAAUAGGCGUUGUUUGUUUUCUAUUUUUACAUCUGAUAGUAAUCUUCAAGUACAACAAGAGCCAAAUCAUAUUUCCUCGUUCAGCCUUCCCUCCAACUCAGCUUGAACCUCCCGUUUGUGUAGAUUAGAGGGAUUAGCGACGCCUCCGAGGGUCGGCUUUGUUCAGAUCCAAACGGUCGAUAAGAACCGGCUCAUUAUCUGCCCUGAGGGUCUUUCCGAAGAGAGCGUUCAAGUGUCGUUAAGGCAAUGGCUACAAUUAGUUUUGUAACUCCGACUUUCUGAGCAGGAACUGGGAAGUAGGGCGCAGUGAAAGUGGAUCGUUUAACCUCAAAUUACUCGAAUUAAAUCGGAUUCGAAUUCAAUUAUUAUUCCAGCCGAAAGGGAAAGAACUCCGACAAAACAGCGCCUGAGGGCAUUUGAGCAAAGUAUUACACGUCAGAAGUGAUGGAGUUCGAGGAAUUAGAGAUCAUGGAACUUUUUGAAACAUAAUUUAUAAAUUUGAAUAUUCAAAUUCAAAAAUUAAAAAAACCAAUUUUUCAGAAAAUCAGCCCCUUGAAUUUCGGAAGUAUGGAAACCCAGAAUCCAUCGACUACUUCCGACUUCUGGAAAUCGACGAUUCACAUCUCAUAAUAGGAGCAGCGUAAGAUUUAUUCAUCUAUGCAAAUAACAUACAAUUACAGAGAUAAUGUGCACAAUAUUAGCAUCGAUCAGUUCGAAAAAAUAUCUCUGUACGAAUGGCCCAGUGGUCAGAGUGAAAUCAACGAUUGCAUCAUGAAAAUUGAUGAUCAAGUAGGUUAUAUUACAUUGGAUCAUGAUGAAUUUAUAUUUUGUUUUACUUCUACUUUAAUUUCAGACGGCUUGUCGAAAUUAUAUUCGAGUUUUGUCGAGAUCUGAAGACGAUGGGACCUUGCUUAUCUGCGGAACGAACGCUUUCCAACCAUUGUGUCGACUGAUCAACAGUAAGCACGAAAAGUUAUUGGAAUUUGUGGGAACGGGGAUCUCUCCGCUGGAUCCACGACAUAACACGUCGUUCCUGAGAGACGGAGAUCUUCUUUAUUCUGCUACUGGUAAGUUUGUUUUAUUUAUUUUUUAUAUCCUUUGUCAUAUACAAUAAAAGAAUGUUUUUUAGUCGCUGAUUUCUACGGAAAUGAUGCUCUGGUGUUCCGCCGCAACAUCACAAAGCCCGAGGACCGUGGAAUCCGAACACAACGCCAGAAUAUUAUGUUGCUAAACAAGCCUCAGUUCGUUGGGACUCUUCAAUCGGAAAAAGUAAGCAAAAAAGUGGAAAGGUAAUGUAAAACAAGGCGGAGGAGCGGCGAAAAGGCCAAAGGACCUUGUCGCGGAGAUAAGAAUCAUUCCGUCGACGGUUCCACUCAUUCAAAUUCGACCUUUACGGAGCCUCGAAAUUAAAUUAAUCGCAAAAAAUUUGGCGACAAAUUAAAAGAGUUCCUUCGAGGGUCAACUGAGGUCGGGUAAUUGAGAAACUACAAGCAGUAGAAGUGGAAAUAAGCAAAAUUUGAAAUUAAAACUUGUCUUUCAGUACAUUUACUUUUUCUUCCGCGAAGAAGCGACUGAAUCUUCGGAAGCGACCAUACACUCGAGGGUCGCCCGGGUUUGUAAAAACGACAGAGGAGGCCCUCAAGGACACGAAACGGAAUGGACAACCUUUGCCAAGGCCAGAUUGAACUGCUCAAUAUUGGAAAAGAACAAGCCUUUCUACUUUGAUGAGGUCAGUUUGGGUCUCACCACGAUUUCCCUGAAAAAUCAGCCUGUCCCUAAAAGGAACAAAAACGACAGCAAAUUACAAAAAAAUAUCCGAGAUUACUGUAUAAACCAAUUUCAGAUAAUUUCGGUGUCCGGAAUCACUCACAAUUGGAAUGGGAAGACCAAGAAUCUCGUAUAUGCAACCUUUGUUUCCGAAUUUAAUUUCCUCAGGCAUUCUGUUGUGUGUGCCUUCGGAAUUGACGAGAUCGACAAACUAUUUGGAUCCUCCGACAUCUUGACAAGAGAUUUGGAGACAGGAAAAUGGAUAAGGAAGUCACGGCAGAGCCAUCAAGGGACCUCCAAAUUGGGACAAUGCAGCCCAAACUCGAGGGAUCUGACGGAAGAAGAGGUGAUUCAGAUGAGAAAGACCCCUCUCCUCGCUGAUUCUGUCCCCAAUCUCUUCGGGAAAGCUGUGGGAAUCCAUCGUGGAAGUGAUAAUUACAAUCAGAUUGUAGUUCUCGAAGGAGUCCAGAGUUUUGAUGGACCUGUGGAUGUGUUAUAUGUGGGGACAGACCAAGGAAAUGUUAUCAAGAUGAUCAAUCUGGGCGUCAGCGAGGCCACUGGGGAGAUGGACCGAGAUCCUGUUCAUCAAGUCGCCGUGUUUAAGAUCAGUGAUGUAAGUAUUUUAAUUUUGUUUCAUUACCUUUGGCAAGUACAAUAUAAAAUCUUUCGAUUUCAGCUCCCAAUUCGUCGGUUGCUGAUAACUCAAAGCAAAUAUCUGAUAGUUGUGACGGACCCCGUCGUUUACCGUCUUCCUCUCCAUCUCUGUUCGUCCUACGACUCUUGUGAAAGCUGUAUUUCCUCAAGGGAUCCGCAUUGUUAUUGGAAGCAAGGAAAAUGCCGUUCGAUCUCGGCAAGGUUUGUCUCACUCAUUCGUAAACUCUACUGUUCUCCGAUCUAAUACAAAAUUGGCUUAUUUACAGCCCACGACCAACGUUAUCCUAUCAAGACAUCUUAUCCAAACAGCCAAAUAUUUGUGUGGAGGCCAAAAAACAUGAGAAACCGAAGGUCACAUCCACCACAACUGAAGUCCCGAAGACCGAGAUUCCCAAGAUUAUCAAAGAAAAGUAUAGAAACAUUACUUUUGGGGCGUUGACAGUUGACGGGAACGAGGUUUGUAAUUGCACUGCCAUCAGAUCCCAUGCAGAACGAAGGAAGUGUCACUGUCCAAAUCUCGAGGACUUGAUUCAACCAGUGGUCUCGGAGGAAUUAUCAGGCAAGUCUCGCGGACCUUAAACCAACCGACCAAUCUUCUAAAUUAUCUAUCAAUCCGCCUAAUCUAAAGUAAUAUUUUUAGUGUCUCCCUGGUCCCGCAUUCCUUGGUGGGUGUAUCUGAUCCUGAUCUUGGCCCUUUUCCAAACCUUGGGGCUUAUCAUUCUGUGUGUAAGACUGCGGAAACGUCGGAUGGCCAAGAAAAAAGGCCAAAGUAGCCAGAAACAGAUGCUGUCGGUGAUCAACGCCUACGCCCCGACCAUCACUGAUGCCAUCCCAUCCAAAAUAGGACCAACUUAUGCUACAUACGACACCUUCCGACGUUAG